CCGACCACAGCCAACACAGACUCAAGAUGCCUUUCAAGCCACACUACCUGUUGGUGUCCCUGACUCUCUGCUGGUUCGUGGCUCUUCAAGCAUUCCCCAUGAACGGCUGUGCUGCAUGUCAGAAGUGUCGCUGCAUCCGGACGUCCUCUGCUUUCAUCUCUCCUCGGCUGUUCCACAGGAUAGAGAUCCUACCUCCAGGUGCCCACUGUCGUCAAACAGAGAUCAUCGUUACCAAGAAGGACAAAGCCACCGUCUGUGUGACUCCAGAUGCAAGAUGGAUCAACAAAGUCAUUGUCAAGUUACAAAGUACCAACAAGAAGAAGAGAAGUGUAGAACUUCCCCAUCUCAACCACCAUUGAGUGAAUUGGAACAGGAAUGUAUCAAGUUGGAGCUAAAUGGAAAUGUGAUACCAAUGUGAUACCAAUGUGAUACCAAUGUGAUACCAAUGGAUUCUAUUCAAAUACGAUUCCAAUACCAAGUUAAUUUGUUUAUCUGAAAUGAUCUCAGUAUGUAUUGUUAGGUUCUUAUUUUUCAGAGUAAAUAACCCUUGGACACUAGAGAAGCUUUAACCAAGUGUAAUUCUUCCCAGAGGUUCUGUACAGCUGUAAUUCAGACAACACAACAUUUGUCCCACCCAGAUAUUUAUAUCCCACUUAUUAAGACACUCCUCCUUCUCUUCAAUCCUUUCAUUUUAUGGUUCUACAGGAAGAGAGAAAAAAGGGAAACAGGAAACCAAACCUUUAUUACUCCCUUCAGGUGACCUGUCCUCACCUCCUGACCUCAACCCCUCCUUCACCUAAUCCACAGAUGUCCAUCUGUCUCCCCUGUUUCACACUUUGCUCUCCUCUCGUCCCCCAACACAUUCCACCGCUAUCUGUCUUUCUACAGAGACCCAGUCUCUUUUCCUCCUUAAUAUACUAUGUGUCUAAUCUGUCAUGUCUUUAAUGUCUCAAUGUUCAAACUGUCGAAUCCAACAAGUCCCUCGUCUUCAACAACAGCAUCCUAAUAUUCAAUUCAUAUAAACUUGGAAAUGACUAAUAAAUGUAUAAACAAUGAUAAUAAAACAUGAAAAAAAACUAACAAAUGAUUAGAAA